ACACGCCAAAUGCAUGCGUCAUUCGUCAGACACGCCGCCAAACCGAACGAGACCGGCAGCGCAUCUGAGCGCUGGCCUGUUCGGCUACCCGUGUGCCUGCUUUUCUAUUUUUGGAUUUAGUUUGAUUCUUGCGUUCCUUCUGCACUUCACAUGCCACCACUGCACGACUGGAAUAAGGCAAGCGAGAACCCAGUCAAAGUUAGGACACAGGCGAGAGCCAGAUCUCGGAGGACGCUGGCACCCGAGAAGGAGAGUGACUUGGCGUUGCGCCGAUGCCCUCACUCCUCGCGCAACAUCUGGCGCUCCAGCGCCGCAGCGGGGAAGGUGACCGUGAAUAUGCAGUGUAGUCGCCAUCGAGGUUCACGUCUUUCAACGGGUUGUGCCAGCACACUGGUCCGAGGGGUGGUCUUGGAGAGCAUGUUUUGCACCGUUCACACAUUGCAAUGGGGUGUGUGAGCGAACCGGUCCGAGGGGUGGCUUUGUACAGCCCAUUUUGCACAGGUGAGCUGGCUACUGCCGCUAUAUUUAUCCGCACGCGCUUUUCAUGCAUCAGUGUUGUAUGCUGGUGAUCGGAAUAUCUCGAGGUUUCGCGAGACUGGUUAGCAUCUCGUACGCUAGUUUGU